UUCUAUCUAUAUACAAUACAUAAUUUUAAGCUAGAGAUAUAGAGGUAUAGAUAGAUCCUAUAGAAGCAACGUAUUAUCAAAAUAAAUUACAGACUUGAAUUAAUAGCGUUAGCGUGAUUACAAGUUACGUAUUAUAAAUUAGUAAUUAUAACGACUGUAGUAUAAUACACACACGAUAUUUACGAAAUUUCCUUUCCUCAGAUGUUGUACAAUUUCCAAUAGAUAAUUACUGAAUACAUUACAGAGAAUACAAAAGACCUAUAUUAUCUCUGCCUUCAAAUUUGAUUUCUUGAAUUAUUAAACUGUCGAAAGCUUUUGAUUUCUCAGAGGUUCAGUCGUAAUCGAGUUUCAGUCGGAGUUUAAACUUUCUUAAUUAAUUUAACAUUAAAAAUUAUUAUGGAAUUAGAUAGUAUUGAAUUGCGGCAUUUACAGCCUUAUUAUAACAUUAAAGUAUCUCUUACUUUAACAAAAUAUAUCGGAACUUGGCCGCCAUUGUUAGAACCUUAUAGAAGUAUUUAUUUAUUCUACACUUUUUUGAGUUUUAUUUUUAUUCUUGGAAUUUAUUUGACGGUACAAACUGUUAAUUUGUUUGUAAUUUGGGGGAAUAUUGAACUUAUGAUUGCUACUGCUUUUUUAUUGAUGACUAAUAGUAUUCAUGCUUAUAAGGUAUUUGUAAUCCUUAAAAACCAAAAAAGGAUUCAAGUUCUUUUAGAUAAGCUUUCAACAGUAAAUUAUUAUUCCAACGAAGCUAAAUACGAACGCGUGUUUACUUAUUACGCAUGGCAAGGAUUGCUUCACCAUGCAGCGUACCAAAGUUUUGGAACAAUUGCCGUUUCUUGUUGGGGAGCAACUCCAAUUGCUGAUGCAAUUGCUGGAAACACAAGACGCCUGCCAAUGGAAGCUUGGUACCCUUAUGACACAAAAAAAAGCCCCGCUUUUGAAAUUACUUCCGGUCAUCAAGCAAUUGCAGUUAUUAUAGCUUGUUUUCACAAUAUUGCUAUGGACACUUUAAUAACUGGAUUAAUUAAUGCUGCGUGCUGUCAAUUAGAAAUUAUUAAGCAGAAUUUGAAAAAUAUUGAUUUGAACUUUAGUGAUUAUUGUGUCGUUGAAAAAAAUGAGAAAGAUUUGUUGAACAAACAAAUCAAUCGGAUUAUUGAACACAGUAAUGAAAUUUACAAUUUUGUUAAAGAAGUAGAAAAUAUUUUUGGAAUUGUUAUUUUGCUUCAAUUGACGGCUAAUUGUCUUAUUAUUUGCAUCAGCGCAUUUCAUAUUACGCAAAUGACUGUUUUUAUACCAGUGGAAUUUUUUGGUAUGAUGGUGUACUUAUGUUGUAUGACUUACCAGAUUUUUAUAUAUUGUUACCACGGUAAUGAACUUGAAUUGCAGAGCGCAAGUAUCGGUAGGGCUGCAUUUUCCGGUCAUUGGUGGAAAUUUCAUAAAAGUUAUAACAGAUCAUUAGGAUUAUUGAUCACUCGAUUCAAUAAAUCAAUUAUUUUUACUGCUGGUCCAUUAAUGAAGUUAUCUUUACAAUUAUUUGUUAGUAUCCUUCGAAUGUCUUAUUCAUUUUUCACACUAUUAAAAAGUUCAACUAAUUAA